AAGACACGAAGCCAAACGCCUCUCCCAGUGACCAGUCUCGACACGAAAACUCAUCAGCCGAGCUUCUUCGGUUCUUAUAAGACACACUUCACGCUUGUACGCCCCAUCCUUGGAUGGUUUCUACCGCAGAACUUGAAAUUUAAGUAGAUUCGAGUUAAUCGAAUUGGUCUUGGCACCAAGGCCGUGCACGAUAUAGCUCAGAAUGGCAUCGUCGCAGGUUCUCUCGUUUCUUCUGCUGUUCAUGGCUGCCCACGGGUCGUUCGCCCAGAAGCAACAGCAGGAAGACCCUUGUCAAACGAAAUCUAGGGUGGUGGGUGACAUAGAGUAUUGCGAUCGUUAUUGGGAAUGCGUGAGCGGACGUCCAGAGCUGUUCGAUUGCCCUAAUGGUCUCGUUUUCGCUGGUAAGCAUCGCGGUGUAACCGAGGGUUGCGAUUACCCUUGGAGAGCAAACUACUGCGAUGGCAAACGCCAAGCCAAUCCGCCGAUACCAGCUGAACACUGCGACUGGCUGUAUGGUAUUUUCGGCCACGAGACAUCUUGCACAAGGUACUGGACCUGCUGGAACGGCACAGCCACCGAGCAACUUUGCAUCGGUGGACUUCUGUACAACGAGAGGGCCCGAUCCUGCGAUUGGCCAGAGAACGUCGAAGGGUGCCAGAAGCAUCCUCUCUGCAACGACGACGCGAACGGAAACGUUCCACUGGGCAAGUCCUGCAACCGUUACUGGCAAUGUCAAGGCGGCUACCCGCGAUUGCAAAGGUGUCCAGCGAUGUUGGUGUUCGAUAGAAGGUCGCUGAGGUGCGUGGUACCACCCACGGAGGAUUGCGAUGUGCCCACGACGCCGCCCAAUUUCGAGGAUGACCUUAACGGAGGUCGAAACGAACAGGAACCCGAGGAAGAGAACUUACCGCCAGGUGUUCCGCCGUUGCCCUCCGGCGCAGUGCCGGUUCAGCGUUCAUCGCGUCCCAGGAACUAAAUCGUGAACGUAGAUACGAAAAUCAUUCGCGACGAGCGUGAGUGGAAAAUUCUUUCCACGUUUCGGGAUACACGGGAUCGGAGCCGGGGCAGAGAUGGGUAAAAUUUUCUUUGAUUCAAUCAAAAUAGUCACUUUAUUCGACGAAUAAAAAUGGUAUGCUCAUUCGUCGAAUGAGAAAUGCAUCUUCAUUCGUUGAAUACAAAUAGUAUAUUUAUUCGACGAAUUUCUAAAAAUUAUAUAUUUAUUCGUUAAAUAAAAAUAGUGUCUUCGUUAUAUAAAUGAAAAUGGUAUACUUAUUCAUCGAAAAGGUAUCUUCAUUCGUUGAAUAUGAAUAUUGUCUUUAUUCAAUGAAAUAAAAAAGGUAUCUUCAUUCGUUGAAUAAUAAAAAUAUCUUGAUCCAUCUUAUAAAUUUACUUCGAAUAAUGAUGUUUGUCCGUUGCUCAUAGAAUAAAUUUACUUUGAAUAAUUGCAGUCGUAUGAAGACGUCUGUAUUCGAUUUUUUUAUUUAAAUAAUUUUCUUAUAUUGAGACGAUGUCCAUCUCUGAACCUGGAUCGCAAUCGUAGCCAGGAAAAGCGAAUACUGCGACGUCAGCCGAUGAAACAUGGCUCUCGUAGUUUGAAAGAGUCUCACGAGAGCACACGUAAUUCUUAACCCUCGGACCGCACAAUUGCAGAAACUUUAAAAAAAAUAUGUAUAUGUAUAUAUAUAUAUAUACAUAUAUAAAACCCGUAGGUAUCUACCAAGUAAUAUAAUUCCAAUAAUAUCAAAUAUAAAAUUCAUAAUUUUCGAAUAAAUUAGAAAUUUCUUUGACAACGAAAGCAAAACCUAUAUUCUUCAUACGACGUUUCUUAAAUAUUAUAAGAACAAUUAACAAGGAGAAAAGUCAGUCCUGCAAUGGAGAUUUUGAAUAAUUACAAAUGACAUGCCCUUUUUUUGCCCAAAAUGUAACAAUACAUAUUAAAAUAAAGAAGGGAAUAGUUAAUAUCAGUUACCUAAAAUGUUAGUUGAAUGUUAAUUGUUAGCCUGUAAAUGUCAUAUUAAAAAUAUAAAUUUUCUUCUGACAUUCAAAGAAAUUUCUAUUUCGGCUACGACAAAAUAAAAUUGGCUCGUGUAGCUCAAAUAAAUUUAACCGAUAUCAGAUCUAGAUAAUAUAAUUUCUGCUGAUUCAAAAUUAUUUAGAAUUUCUCUACGAAACCUAGCAGUAAAAUGGGUUAAAAAGAGAGAUUUGUCUAGCGUGGCAAGUACUAAAUAAAUAAAUUCUACGAGUUAUUAACGAAAUACGUGGUCGUCUGAGGGUUAAUUUAGGUUUCAUGUAUAUCCACCGCUUCGUUACAGGAUACGUCUUAGUCGUUCCUUUCCGAUUGGAAGGAACAAAUAUUUUUCUUCUCUUCUUUUUUUUUUUUAACUCUAUUUUUGGGUCGACGAUCCCGUCGAUCGUUUCUCGUGCACGUAUUUCUAAGUUAAAUGGAUACAAUUAACGACCGCGUCGUAGGGAGUACGCGGUGAUUAUUACCCCUCUGUUGCGAAGGGAUCACUUUUCAGUUGUCACCAUCCGUUCUGUAUCAUUCUAAUAGUCGAAGUGUAAAUAUUCUUUUACCCAUUCUCACCUUACCUUCGCCUUCUCUUAAGACUUACUAUCGAAACGUUCACAUUUGUACGAUGUAGUCUUGUUGAAAUAAAGUAUACGUUGUAUAUUUUUUUUUUUU